UGGAGCGAAGGACCCGUCAGUGCUUUCCAGUGACGCGCACUACGUUCUGUCGCGCUCCUCCACCACCACACCAUGCAUGGAAUGUCUCGAGCGCUGCCCAACCUGUCUCACCCACAGGUAUGCACCUCGCGCUCAACUCUGAAGACGUUUGUCAACAAACGCAGCUAUUUGGUGCCUUUGUCUCUUUUCCAGGUGAAGGGAAGAUAUUUUCAAACAAAAAUAUCAGCCAAGAGUAGUGGCUGAACAUCGCUGAGAAGUUCACAUUGAAGAGGAACUGAUCUAAAGCCUAACCAUGGCCACAAUUGGGGAUUUCGACCCGCUCAACUCCACAGUACCUGCGACGAAAAUUGAACUUACAGUCUCGUGCAGGAACCUGCUGGACAUGGACACCUUCUCCAAAUCAGACCCUGUUGUGGUUUUGUACGUUCAAGGCAUCGGGACAAAGGAGUGGAGAGAGUUUGGCCGAACAGAAGUGAUCGAUAACACCCUGAACCCGGACUUUGUUCGGAAGUUUGUCCUGGAUUUCUUCUUCGAGGAGAAGCAGAAUCUUCGCUUUGAUGUGUACAAUGUGGACACCAGAAGUUCAAACAUUUCAAAACAUAAGGACUUCCUGGGCCAGAUGUUCUGCACUCUGGGGGAGAUCAUUGGGUCCACAGGCAGUCGGCUGGAGAGAACCCUGUCUGGGAUCCCAGGGAAGAAGUGUGGGAACAUCAUAUUCACCGCUGAGGAACUGAGUAACUGCAGGGACAUUGCCACUAUGCAGUUGUGUGCCAACAAGCUGGACAAAAAAGACUUCUUCGGCAAGUCAGACCCCUUCCUGGUCUUCUACCGCAGCAAUGAAGACGGAACGUUCACCAUCUGCCAUAAGACAGAGGUAAUAAAGAAUACUCUGAACCCUGUUUGGCAGCCCUUCACCAUCCCCGUACGAGCCCUCUGUAACGGAGACUAUGAUAGGACGGUCAAGGUGGAUGUGUAUGAUUGGGACCGAAAUGGAAGAUGCUGCAGGUGUUACUUUCGCAACUAUUCCCACAGUCAUGACUUCAUUGGCGAGUUCACCACCAGCUACAGAGAAUUCUCCAGAGGCCAGAGCCAGUUCAACGUCUAUGAGGUUCUAAACCAUAAAAAGAAAGGCAAGAAGAAGAAAUACGUCAAUUCAGGGACAGUGACCCUGCUGUCCUUCAAAGUGGAGUCAGAAUACACGUUUGUGGACUUCAUCCGAGGAGGGACGCAACUCAACUUCACAGUGGCCAUCGAUUUCACAGCGUCUAAUGGUAACCCAUCCCAGCCCACCUCUCUGCACUACAUGAGUCCCUACCAGAUGAAUGCCUACGCCAUGGCCCUGAAGGCUGUGGGGGAGAUCAUCCAGGACUACGACAGUGACAAGAUGUUCCCCGCCUACGGCUUUGGAGCCAAGCUGCCACCGGACGGCAAGAUCUCCCAUGCCUUCCCACUGAACUCCAACGGUGAGAACCCUAACUGUGUGGGGAUCGAGGGAGUGUUGGAGGCGUACUUCCAGAGUCUCCGCACCGUUCAGCUCUACGGACCCACCAACUUCGCUCCUGUCAUCAACCAGGUGGCACGGUGUGCUGAGGAUGUGACUGACGGAUCCCAGUACUUUGUGCUGUUGAUGAUCACAGACGGAGUCAUCUCAGACAUGGUGCAGACCAAGGAGGCUGUGGUCAAUGCUGCCGCUCUGCCCAUGUCUAUCAUCAUAGUGGGAGUAGGCCCUGCUGAGUUUGACGCGAUGGAGGAACUGGACGGUGAUGAGGUCAGAGUGUCCUCUAAGGGGCGCAUUGCUGAGCGAGAUAUAGUUCAGUUUGUGCCGUUCCGGGACUACAUCGACCGCCAGGGCAACCAGGUGCUGAGCAUGGCACGGCUGGCCAAGGACGUGUUGGCAGAGAUCCCCGAGCAGCUGCUGGGUUUCAUGAAAACGAGAGACAUCGAGCCCCAGCCUGCCCUGCCCACCUCCUCCACCACCACUACCGCCCCUCUACGACUCAACAACCUGUGCAUCUGAAAGCGGGGUUUGGGUGGGGUGGGGUCAGAGGUCGGGGGGGUCUUAGGUCUAGGGCCAUAGGGCCAUGGUUUGGACCAUUUUCAGUUGCAGUGAAUACCUGAAGAGACACACUGAAGCAGUUGGUGUGCACACACACACACACACACACACACACACACACACACACACACACACACACACACACACACACACACACACACACACACACACACACACACACACACACACACACACACACACACACACACACACACACACACACACACACACACACACACAGUUGCUGUCCUAGUCAGAGGGGUAGACUGCAACAGCACUGAAAGCUUUUUCACUAUCGCUCCUUCCAUGUUGAAGUCAGCUAUGUUCCUGAUUCUUCUUUUAUCUCACUGCCGUAGCGAUGUCCUGCCUGGCGGACACAGCCCCCCUGCUGUGAUGUAACGACUACAGCUCAACGGGGGUCAAAUGCAGCGUGACCUUUGGAGUGAGAACUGUUGGAACUGCCUCCGCGGUCGCCAGCCCCUUACCUAACCCUUAUCUUAUUUCUUAUUUAAGGGUUCAGGGAUCGGUCGCAGUUAAACGUCAGAAAAACCAAGAGUUUGUGGACUUUUCGACAGACAUAAAGAGAGAUCGAUGUUCACCUUUUUUUCCUAUGCCUCUAGUUCUGCAUGCAAUGAGUGUUUCAUCCCUGCGUCUUCUUGUGGUCCGAAACAGAAACAGCAACAAACUGGCCGCUUGGGUUGCCAUGGUAGUAUUCUACUUUGACUAAUGUAUAUUUUUCAUGUGUAUAAUGGCACUAUAAACAUUGCCGUAAGUCAGUUAAUAUCCAAAACAAGUGAAAGACACAAAGUAUCUUCAUGUUUGGUGUCUUCUCAGGGCAUUUCUGGAGGCUUUUGGUUGAGUUUCUCCAAACGAGGGAGACAGAAACUAUAUGGCAUCUGGACAGUUGUGGUCUCAGCCUCAGCAACUGGAGUCAUUGUGUUUAUAUAUCUUUACAACAUUCUUUUUGCUAGGACUGGUUCGUCUUGUCCAGGGGUUGAUUGAAUAGGGAAUAUAUUGUGCUAUGCCAGUCCACAUUAUAUGUAUAUAGGUAGUUGAAUGUUACUUCUUGAAAAAAUAUAUUCCUGAUAUAUUCCACGUGUUGAAAUGUAUAUGUUAAUUAGGAUGUCCUAUGAAAAGCGUUAUAUUUCAGAUCAGAAAAUAAAUUUAGAGACAGAAUGUGUAAAUAUUGAAAUAACUUUGGCCAUAAGGGCCUGCUAGCUGGCAAUUGCUUACUUCUGUUCAGAGAAAAGCCUUCAUCUUCAAAAUGAAGGGUCGUAAAUUGAAAUCGGCUUGAGAUGGAGCAUAGCUUGAAAUACUCCCACCUCUGAUUCUUUUCAACCACCAUACAACUGGUUGUCUGACAUCCCUGCACAGGUCAUUUUUGGCCAAAACAUCGGUCUGAAUAUACCCCACUCUCCGAAGGUCUCAGGGGGAGUUGGAAUAUGCAAAAAGCACAUUUCCAAUUCACACAUGCGUCUAAGUCACAUGUAUAAUAUAGAACAAUAAUAAGCACCCACCAAAUUAAUAUUAUUAUAUUAGUACAGUACCGAGUCAGCUAUUUUAAAACUUGUCCUUGAUUUCUUCCUUCCAAAUUGAAACUUUCCUAGCACCGGCUGCCCGGUGAUUAAAAAUGAAUCAUUUAUGAAGUGGUCGGUCAAUGGUGGCAAAACCUGCUCCAUCUUUCAAAAUCUGUGGAGCGUGCUCCUGUUUAGAUUGAGAAAGACUCGGCAUGCGCUCGCUGAACAAAAGUGCUUAGAUGUAGCAAAGAACGCAUCAACGCUUCACGGUCACCAUGUCCAUCCAUUUUUUCUGGAGAGAGAAGAGAAAGAGAAGGGGCCUCAGCAUAAGUUCUUCUCAAAAGUGUGGUCCCUCGCCACAGCCUGUUUUGAGGGAGUUGGAAAUGGCUGCUUUACAUAGCAAAUGUAUGCAUGAUUUCUUUCCGCCACAGCUCUGGUUUCUGAGAUAUGGGUCUAUAUUUUCAUUGUUGUUUUGGCUGGGCUCAUAUGCUCUACACUAGUUUGUUUACAAUGCAUGUAAUGCAUUAUUUUUUGUACUAGUCUUUUUAUUAUGCCUUUGUUCUUUGAGAAAUGCCUGGCUAGAAGGGAUCCUUGAAACAAAGUUUUUGUUUUGCAUUCAAGCCUCUAUUGGGAUUUGUUUGAUUUCUCUCUUUCUCUCUCUCUCUCUUUCUCUCUCUUUCUCUCUCUCUCUCUUUCUCUCUCUUUUUCUCUCUCUUUUUCUCUCUCUCUCUCGCUCUCUCUCUCUCUCUCUCUCUCUCUCUCUCUCUCUCUCUCUUUCUUUUCACUCUCUCUCACUCUCUCUAACUCACUCUCUCUCAUACACUGCACACACACACACCUUUCUUCCCAUCUCUCCAUUCAUUCACUCUCUCCUACAUAGUGGUAGUUUACUACUAGUAAAAAGAUAGCCAUAACAUUUUUGAACGUGCCAACAACGGACAUGGCUUCUCUUGCAAAAAAUGUAUUUCUCUGUUAGUAAAUUGCAUAACAAUAGUUUGUUAAUGUCACCGUUCCAUUUUCACAUUAAGGAGAGUGCUUGGACCUAACCAUAUAUUGGAAAGAUUGUGGGGUGGCCCUUAGAUACCCUGGGAAGAGAGAAACCAUUAGGGAAACGAUCAAGCAUUUGUGGCAUUGUGACAGCAAGUCAACUAGAGAUAAUACCAGUGCUGGACUUGGACAGCAGCUCACCGGAGCUGAGUAUCGGCACCUCAAAUGUUCUACUGCUUGAGCUCCUGUUACUCUUAUAAAACAUGAGCUAAAAAGUAUUGUGGGGCUGAGUACCGGAACCUAUUUCAGUCCAAGUCAAGCACUGGCUAUAGAAUAACAUGGACAGUAGUAUGAAGGGUUGUCUUAGGACUUAGGAAGAGAUAUGGAUAUGUGGCCUUAAAUCUGUCAUAAUCCCACGUUGUGUGUGUAGGGAGGAUUCUAUUUUUAUAUGAUUCAAUGAAGUCAUAAUUGCAUUAUUUUGCAUGCUAACCUGAUUAAACGACACACUGCUGAUGGCUGUGGUCGUCAAAAAUAACUGUUCUUCACAUUUGAAAUGGACUAAAAUAUUCCUAUUUGGCGAGUGCUUGGUUGGUUUUGUACGAGACUGGAUUGUGUAUUGAAUUUUGUCAAUGUUCUUUGUUGUACACUGUAUAGUAUACAAGAACUGCCAAUAUAAUAACCCCAAAAUAUAAUAGAACAUUUAAAUAGUAGAUGGAUUUCUAAUAGACAAUGUUUUUAGUGCAUGUGUGUAACAGUGUUAUAAAGUCAAAGUAAACCUCAAUUCACAUCACCUGUUGAACAUUUUAGCAUAAGGCAUGACUGUCUGACUUUGUGUUCAGAGUAGCUUUUGCUUAUAAGUAUAACUAAUGUAAAUAUAUCUGAGUUCCUGUACAGAAUAUUAUGUGAUCAGUCUUCCUCUGUAUUUUCUUUCUUAAAUGACUCUGUAAAUGUAUAUCAAUGUCAUUCCAUGUCCAUUUGUGUUGGUCAAAAACUAUUUGUAAGUUUGUACAUUUGUUUUAUAUAUCUUUUGCUUAGAAAUCAAAUAAAGAUAUAUUAUUAAGACUCA